AUGCGCUUUAGGGAUAUCAACAAGGGGUUCAUCGCCGGGAUAUCAGCAAGGGAUUCAACCUUUACCAUUCGGAAGAAACGGUCUGAGGAGCGGCGGCGUAUCACAACAGCAGCGGAUUCGGAAGAAACGGUUCGAAGAAGCGGACUUCGCAGCAGCGGCGGACUUUGGAAAUGGAGCAGCGGUAUUUGGCAACAGCAGCGGUAUUUUGAAGUGUUCGACUCAGAGAUAAAUCUAUAG